GGCUGUGGCGGCGGCGGCAGCGGGCAGGAUGGGUCCUCGCCUCCGGCUUCGCUGAGACUCGUUCGCUUGGGCCUACAGUGGCCGCGGCGGCAUGAAGGGCGCUCUGGGGAGCCCCGUGGCCGCUGCUGCCGCCGGCGCCGCGAUGCAGGAGAGUUUUGGCUGCGUGGUGGCCAACCGCUUCCACCAGCUGCUGGACGACGAGUCGGACCCGUUCGACAUCCUGCGCGAGGCCGAGCGUCGGCGCCAGCAGCAGCUGCAGCGCAAGCGGCGCGACGAGGCGGCGGCGGCCGGGGCUGGCAACCGCGGCGGCAGGAGCCCCGCCGGGGCCUCGGGCCACAGACCCGGCGCGGGCGGCGGCCGGAGGGAGUCCCAGAAGGAGCGCAAGACCUUCCCGGCCCCCGGCGCGCCGCAGCCGGAUAGCCCCGGGGCCGGCCCGCAGCCGCCCGGCCUGAAGCGAACUCCUAGAAGAGGGGAGCAGCAAGGAUGGAAUGAUAGCCGGGGGUCAGAGGGGAUGCUGGAUCGAGCAGAGCGGAGAUCCUACAGGGAAUGUCGACCCUAUGACACCGAGAGGCAGACGGAUUUUACAGCUGAGAGGUUUACAGAUGAAAAACCAGUUGACAGGUUUGAUCGAGACAGACCACAGAGAGGACGUGGAGGCCCGAGAGGGGCCACAAGAAGCAGAGGGAGAGGUGGUCCUGGGAACAGAGCUUUUGAUGGCUUUGACCAGAGAGGGAAACGAGAAUUUGAAAGAUAUGGCGGGAAUGAUAAAAUUUCAACCAGAACUGAAGACAGCAUGGGUGGAUGCGGAGUUCGCAGCUGGGGAUCUGGUAAAGACACCAGUGACAUGGAGCCGACUGCACCAAUGGAAGAGACCCCAGCAGUGGAGGAGUCCCAGGGCCCCCUGGACGGGGAAUCUCCAGCCAAAGUUCCUGAGUUGGAGGUAGAAGAAGAAACUCAAGUUCAAGAGAUGACCUUAGACGAGUGGAAAAAUCUUCAAGAACAGACCAGACCAAAGCCUGAGUUCAACAUCCGGAAACCUGAAUCCACUGUUCCUUCCAAAGCAGUGGUGAUUCACAAGUCAAAAUAUAGAGAUGAUAUGGUGAAGGAUGACUAUGAGGAUGAUUCCCAUGUUUUCCGGAAAGCGGCCAAUGACAUCACAUCCCAGCUGGAGAUUAAUUUUGGUAACCUCUCUCGUCCUGGGCGUGGAGCCAGAGGUGGCAUGCGGGGAGGCCGGGGAAGGAUCAGAAGGACGGAGAACUAUGGACCCAGAACCGAAGUGGUGACUCAAGAUGUUGCUCCGAACCCAGAUGACCCUGAAGACUUCCCUGCUCUGGCCUAAAAGAGCCCUGUGUCCCUGGCAACUUACAGCAGCAUGGCAGACCCACGAAGAGACGUUCCUUGCUGUGGGAAAGAGAGUCAGACUCUAAGAACAAUAGAUGUUGCUUUUUCCCGCAUAGUGUGAAUCUGUUGCACGUUCUCGGGUUGGGGGCUGUGGGGAAAGGCUCUCUCCAGCUAUUGAAGAGCAGGCAACUCCAGUCAGGGCAUUUAGUCUGGCAUUUUUCUAAGGUGAAGAAUUUUUAAGAAAUUCCAAAUGAAGUUCAGGAAUAAUGUUCAAAAUGUGUACAUAGAGAUUAUAUUGAAUCCUCCACAAAACAAGGAGAGUAGAAUAAGUUGUAAAAUAUGAUCUACUAUUGAGGUUAUUUAGUAAGUUGUAUAGCUAUCUGAAGGCUGUGUCUUUCAGUAUUAAAGAAAAUAUAUAUAACUUGGACCAUUAAUUUAAAGCAGAUACAGUCUAGUUUUCAGAGACCAAGAAAUUAAAAUACAAUUAUAUUUACUGUUUACUUGUCAAUGUUACGUGCUCCUGGAAUUUGAGUUCUGAUUUUCAUUUAAUAAUUUUAACCAGCUCUUAUGCAGCCACUGGUUACCACUCUGACAGAGAAUUAGAAAGCAUAUGGAUUUUUUAAUGGUGAUUUAAACUACCUCGUGGUUUCUGUGUGUAUGUGUAUAUAUAUACACACCCACACACAAAUUUAGACUAUAUGUGCAUAUUUACUGUCUGGAUGGUUUUCUAGGGUGAGUAAUAAGUAUCUGAUUUUGAUAUCAGGUUUUGAGCCCCACUAAUGAAAUGGAAAGGUCCUGGUGAGAGUGACGCAACAUGAAGAGUUCACCCCAUAUCCUUUUCUCCCUCUUCUGACCACAGCUAAGUACUGAGCAGCUGCUGCAUGUGAGACCCUCUAUCCUGGCACUGGGCAGGACUUGUAAAUAAUAUUUACUGAACACCUACAUGCAUUUCUCCUUACUUGGUCCUUGCAGCAGUUCUGUCGCAGUCCUAUUUAUUGCCUAUGGUGAGAGAUUGGCUCAGGAGGUCCCCUGAGGGGUUCCAUAACUCUCCCAGGGAUCCCCACUCUCCACCCCCGGGGAAGGGCCUGGGAUGGGCAGCUGUAACGGCUGUUGGAAGCUGGCAGGCAACAUUCUCCCCACUUUACCGAAGAAAACGAGGGCCCUGCUUGCUUGUUGUCAUGGUUAAUAUGCUUGCGUCGGCAUUUGAACCUUGGCCUUGGGGUCUGUGCUUUUCCCCCACCGUGCUGCACUGACUGGGAUGGCUCUGAACUUGAGCCCAAGUGUAAAUAAAUGGUUGGUGGUCCCUCCUAACUUUGUGUAUAGAAAGCUGAAUCCUUUUUGUCACACUCAGGUCAAGAGAAGAAUGUGGGAAAAGGCCCUAGUAGAAAGAAGAGUCUUGAUUUUGCUGAAUAGUCAGAAGUCAAGCCUGUAGCUAUUUUAGUCAAGAAUGUUUGCUGUGGCUGACAGCCUAAUUUUUGGUCUCGUUAUUAAAUUAAUACCUGAGAACUAAA